UCGGCUUCCCUCCUUUCGGGGUCCGCGGCCUUCAUGUCCUUUCCCCGGUGUGCCCUGCUGUGGGCUCGGCUCCCGGUGGGGCCCCAGCGUGCCCACAGGGCAGCCGUCUGUUCUGUCCUUCGCUCCCACUUUGCCUUCUCUCCUGGGGCUCUGGGACGGGUUCCCGCCGCUGCCCUCGCCUCCUCCUCCGCUUCAGGAGGCUCUAAAGCCCCGAACACAUCCUUGUUCGUGCCACUGACUGUGAAACCCCAGGGCCCCAGCACGGAUGGCGAUGUCGGGGCGGAGCUGACCCGCCCUCUGGACAAGAAUGAAGUAAAGAAGAUCUUAGACAAGUUUUAUAAGAGAAAAGAAAUUCAGAAAUUGAGUACUGACUAUGGACUUGAUGCUCGUCUCUUCCACCAAGCUUUCAUUAGCUUCAGGAAUUACAUAAUGCAGUCUCAGUCCCUGGAUGUGGACAUUCACAUUAUUUUGAACGAUAUUUGCUUCAGUGCAGCUCAUGUGGAUGAUUUAUUUCCAUUUUUCUUGAGGCAUGCAAAACAAAUAUUUCCUGUAUUGGAAUGUAAGGAUGAUCUACGUAAAAUCAGUGAUUUAAGAAUACCACCUAACUGGUACCCAGAAGCAAGAGCUAUUCAGCGAAAGAUCAUAUUCCACUCGGGUCCCACAAACAGUGGAAAGACUUACCAUGCGAUCCAGAAAUACUUGUCAGCUAAAUCUGGAGUGUAUUGUGGUCCUUUAAAGUUACUGGCGCAUGAGAUCUUUGAAAAGAGUAAUGCUGCUGGUGUGCCGUGUGACUUGGUAACGGGUGAAGAGCGUGUGACAGUAGAGCCAGAUGGGAAACAGGCUGCCCACGUUGCUUGUACUGUUGAGAUGAGCAGUGUCACUACGCCUUAUGAAGUGGCCGUGAUUGAUGAAAUUCAGAUGAUUAAGGAUCCAGGCAGAGGAUGGGCUUGGACCAGAGCCCUUCUAGGACUGUGUGCUGAAGAAGUCCAUCUGUGUGGAGAAUCUGCUGCUAUAGACCUGGUUACUGAGCUUUUAUACACAACAGGAGAGGAGAUGGAGGUUCGAAACUAUGAAAGGCUUACCCCCAUUUCUGUGUUGGACCAUGCACUAGAAUCUCUAGACAACCUUCAGCCAGGGGACUGCAUUGUCUGUUUUAACAAGAAUGAUAUUUAUUCUGUGAGUCGACAGAUUGAAAUCCGGGGAUUGCAGUCCGCUGUUAUAUAUGGCAGUCUCCCACCUGGGACCAAACUUGCUCAGGCAAAAAAGUUUAAUGACCCUGAUGAUCCAUGUAAAAUCCUGGUUGCUACAGAUGCGAUUGGCAUGGGACUUAAUUUAAGCAUAAAAAGAAUUAUUUUUUACUCCCUUAUAAAGCCCAGUAUCAAUGAAAAGGGAGAGAAAGAGAUAGAACCAAUCACCACCUCUCAAGCCUUGCAAAUUGCUGGCAGAGCUGGUAGAUUCAGUUCGAAAUAUAAAGAAGGAGAGGUUACAACAAUGAAUCGAGAAGACCUCAACUUAUUAAAGGAAAUUUUGAGUAGACCCGUGGAUCCUAUAAAGGCAGCUGGUCUUCAUCCUACUGCUGACCAGAUUGAAAUGUUUGCCUACCAUCUUCCUGAUACAACGCUUUCUAAUCUUAUUGAUAUUUUUGUAGACUUUUCACAAGUUGAUGGGCAGUAUUUUGUUUGUAAUAUGGAUGACUUUAAGUUUUCUGCAGAGUUGAUCCAGCAUAUUCCAUUAAGUCUUCGAGUAAGAUAUGUUUUUUGCACAGCCCCCAUUAACAAAAAACAACCUUUUGUCUGCUCUUCAUUGUUACAGUUUGCCAGGCAAUAUAGCAGGAGUGAACCCCUCACCUAUGCGUGGUUACGACGAUAUAUUAAAUGGCCAUUACUUCCACCUAAGAAUAUUAAAGACCUCAUGGAUCUUGAAGCUAUCCAUGAUGUCUUGGAUCUUUACCUGUGGCUAAGCUACCGGUUUAUAGAUAUGUUUCCAGAUGCCAGCCUUAUCCGAGAACUGCAGAAAGACCUAGAUGGUAUUAUUCAAGUGGGUGUACACAAUAUCACCAAACUGAUUAAAAUUUCAGAGUCACGUAAGCUCUUGAAUCUGGAUAAUAAUUUGUCAUCAGGGAACCAGUCCCGUUUGUCAGGAAUAUUACGCAGCCAAGCCAGAAAAGUGCGUAUCACCAAAACUCUAGGGAGUGACUCACCCGACCCUGAUGGAAAAGAGAAAUCCCUUGCGUCCAGAUUGGUGCAGCAAGGACUCCUUACUGCAGACAUGUUGAAACAGCUAGAGAAAGAGUGGCUGACACGACAAACUGAUCAUGGUAAUGAAAGAACAGAAUGUGAGACAUCAAAAGGAACAAGAAGAAAGAAGAAGCAACCUGAUUCAAAUUAGAUUUGUUUUUGCAAAUAAAAUCUUUUAAAAUCCUUUGUUUUGCAUACGCAUUUAUUG